UCCGCCAGUGUGACAUGUAACCUAACCGGCGUCGGGCGCGUCGCAUCAUGAGCUGGGCGCACGCCGGCCUGUCCGUUUCAUUCAAUAUCUGUAACACGAACACUCGUGCUCGCAUGUGCCUUUAAUUAAAAUAAUGACUCCAAGUCACUAAAACAAUGUACAUGCAAGAGCAAGACACCUUCACUGUAAAGCAGGAAGAAGAGUUCAGCAGACCUGUCGAGUCCAUCAUGCGAUGUGAGGACUUCAAAAGCAAUUUUGCCAGAAGACUUUCCAAUCGCUACAUCUCCAGAUCUCCCAGCUCGAUCUCAAGACAAGGAAGUGCGUUGAAGCUGCGGCCAGCCGAUACGAAAAAUACAGAAGCAACCCCCGAUAAUGUUCCAGAAAGAAUUGAGCUCAGCACUCAACUUUCCAAGAAUGGUGACAAGGAGCAGACAUUGGAGGACAAUAAGUCCGGGGACAGAGCGGCGCCGGCCAGCCACAGCGCCAUGCAGCUCACCGAGGUCACGGCGCUGCACAUGGAGGUGGACACCCUGCGGUGGCAGCUUGCGCAGACCGAGGCGAAUCGACAAAUGCAUAUAGCAUUACUCAACCAGAUAGUUACUUUUCUCAAUAGAGUAAAAAACCAUAUUGAAUGUCACAAAGCUGACUUUAAUGAAUCUAAUGAGAAUAUAAAAGAUAUUUCCAAAGAGAGGAUCCUACAGAAAUCGUUUAAUGCAGCAGAUAUACCGCGUUCUCGGUCAGUCGUACACGUUAACAAACAUCUGGAAUAUUCUUUGCGCCCGGCUAAGAAACUUGGAACAAAGAAGAUUAGCAAAUCAAUAAGUAAUGUUAAUGGUUAUAAAGACUACAACAGUACUUGGAACCAAUCCAAAUUAUCACUGACUUCAGAGACAGGACAAUCCCAAAAAAUCACUGAAGAAAUAUCACGGCUAAUUACUCUUGCCAAUACCGUACUAAGUACUAAGCUGCCCGAUCUCGCCUGUAACGAUGUUCAAAAUAACUCCAAUGACAAAAUACAUGCGAGUAACGCUAAAAACGAAUCAAUGAACUCCAACAACAGCAGCACGAUAUCAACAGAAAAUGUAUCUACAAAUUCAUUAAUAAUAAAGUCCGUAUGCGAAAAUUCGGAUCUAUAUGAUGACUUGCCAAGUUCGUUGGUAGAUGCAGAAGAUGAUGAUAUAAAAGAAUUUAUAAUGCCACUCUCAACGCUUAACGGUAACAUGGAAAACGAAGUCGCAAGUUUGAAGCUUUCGAGCGAAAAACAAAAUCAUACUUUUGAAGAAAAAUCUAAAAUAAAAAACGGAAAAUCAUUUUUGAGCAACAAGAAACUAGAUUACAACCAUGCUGUGAGCAAAUUUACGGAAGAUGAAAGCGGUUUCUCAUCCAUGAGUUCAUUUCAAGAAAUUGGUAUUCCUAUAAUAAGUAUAAUACCUCCAUCACCGUGCAAGGAAAUAGGAUACGUGGAUCAUGUCCCCGAAGUCAUAGAAGAAACAGGAAAGUGGAAAAAUGAAAUUGAACUAAAUAAACAAACUGUAAAAGUAUUUUGGGUGUAACAAUUGAACGUACAAAUCGUUAUUUAAUAGGCGUUUACUCAUACUCCGACUAAAAUACAUAGAACCUCUGAUAUUUAAUACGUAUUUAUAAAAACCAAUAUUCUGCUGUUAGCUUUUAGUUUUUUGACAUGAAAAUUUUAUCUUUAAUUCAGUUGUCAGAUUGCUCUUAACUUCUUACUCAUAAUCGUUAGCACAUUCAACAUUUCUUUGCAGUAUAAAAUAAAUUUGGAUGUUUAUUAUGAUUUAUCACUUUGGUAACUUUGCGCCCUUGACGGACGUAGUUUAUUUUAUAUUAAAACAUACAAAUACAUGCCAAUCCUUGUCACUGUGGCCAUUCAGUCACUUUAUUCCUCUUACACGUACAGUCAAACAACUGUUGCGGUUAAACAACAACUUUGCCCCCUUGUAAAACAAUAAAUUGUAGACUUGUAAAAAAAAAAAUACACUAUGAUAAAUUUGAGAAACAACGAUAUCGUAGGAAAACGUAUUUAGUAUUACUUGUACUCACAUCAUGCUGUGUCACUUAAGUUUUAUUUAGAAAGGAUUUUAUCCUGUAACCAAUUGUGCUAAUCAUUAUGAUUAAGAUUAAUUUAUUUUUAUGAUUUGAAUUCCCAAAUCGAGAAAAGUUAGUUUUUAUACUUUCAAUUUGCUUUUAACUGUUCAAUCGUGUCUUAAUCUUGUACUGAAUGAUAAUUAGGUAAGAGGUUUAUAUUUAAGAUAUUCAUGAGUAAGUUAUUUAUAAAGAACUACUUUUUUAUUUAGGUACCUUGAAAACUAAUUAUUAUAAGAUGGAUCCUAAUUGAUCAAUAAAUGUACAAUAAAAUAUUGUCGUUAUUAUAAUUCAACAGUUAUAGACAUUCCUACAUGGUUUAUUUAUUUAUGGGUAGUAAAUUAAUGGGUAGGAUUGAACCAUUUUUGAAUACCGUGACCCGGCACUGAACAAAAACAAGACACUUAAUUAUAAUAUCAGAUAUAGGUAAUUACUUAGAUCAAUUAUUAAAUAACACCAGAUCGUAUAUCCGAACAUCUUAGUGCAGCCAUGCCAAGUGCGACUUUUUGUCGCACUUGUGUGAUUGUAUCCGAACGGCCCUCGCAGUACUCAAUUUCAAGUCGUUCUAAUAACACCUCCCGAAAAAAAAAUAUUUGCGAGUAAUAUGGUAGUUUGUGUCGAGAAUGGAUGUUAUAACACAACAUAUAAUAAAAAGAAACCUCCCGAUAUUACAUUCCACGCGAAAGUAUAGAGUUUAAUGUGAUGUUUUUACGAAAUUGUAAAUACUAAAAUUGAAAUUUUCGUCGUCCGCCAGUUCUUAUGAAUGUUGGCAGUCCAAUGAUUUUUUUCCGCCAAAUGAUGUUUAAAAUAUAAGUAACAAAAAUUUUAGGUUCUUUGUAUGUAUAUUUAAAGAAAUACUUACAUUUUAAAAUGAAAAAUAUUUUUCUAAGUUUUCUCAAAGACAUAAAUUUUGUUGUUUUAUCGAAAUUCUAAUUCUAGCUAAGAAUCAUAGCAUAAUGUUUCUUCAUUUUAGAUUUCCUACUAAUCCGCUUCUGUCUGCGAAACGUACGAAUGUCAUGGUACUCGUAUUUCAGUCAGUCUCAGUACAAGAAGUACUGAAAUUGACUGAACUAGCAUGAGAAAUACGAACGUUUCCGGAAAAAUACUAAGGAAAAGCUUUUCGCACUACUUUCGAUAUUUUCACAGUUUUAUUACAUGUGUAAAUAUCGCGCUACUAAUCAAUGUUAAUAAAUUAAAAGUAAAUGUGUUUACACAUGAAUGCCUGUACGCGGGAGCUAGCUAACUCUUUCUCGCUCCCACUUACAGGAUAGUAAUUAGAUGACUUUGGUGCGGCAAGUUCCUCGUACGCUCAUGUGUUAGCACUAUAAUAACACUCCCAAUUUGUAGAUGUUAAAAACAAAUCGAUAGCAUAAGUAGACAGUUCUUAAGAUAUUUAGAAAUGUGACAGACAGACAGACGGAUAGAGUCGCACCUUAUCAAAAGGGUUCCUGCUGUACCCGGUUACUUCAGAUACUUAAUAGGUAACCAAACAGAAAUUUAUUUGUAUAGGCACUCAAUAUGUAUAUUUUUAAAAUAAAUUCAUUUCAAACAUUACUUACAACAUUUCCAUGGAACACACAUUAAAAAUUAAUUAUUACAACCAAGUACAAGGACUUUGUAAAAAUCCCAACUUCGAGCGAAAUCAUUUUUCUCUGGCAACAUUUUUUAUAUGCAUGUGUGCGUGGGGUGAGCGCCGUGAGCGUAAAGCUAGAAACACACUACGCGGACGUCCGUCGUAAAUCGACCGCGGACGGGAAUCUGGA